AUGUUACAAGACAUUAAUGAUUCGGAUGUAACAUUCGGUGAAAAUGUUGUUGUUUUCGGUGGAGAUUUUCAACAGGUUUUACCAGUGGUUCGCAAAGGAAUGAGACAAAAACAGGUUAAUUCUAGUUUGGUUUAUUCGUAUUUGUGGCCUACAUUGACCAAGUUCCACUUAACUGAAAAUAUGCGAGCAAGAUUUGAUCCAGUUUUUUCAAAUUAUGUGUUAGAAGUAGGCAACAGAAUGCAGCCGAACACAAUUGAUGAAACCAUAAAAAUCCCGAAUGAGAUGCUUGUUCCCUAUGAAGAUGACAAUACUUCUUUAGAUCAUUUAAUAGAAGAUGUUUUCCACAAUAUUCAAGAAUAUUCAGCAAAUAUUUUAACUAUGAUGAAUCGGGCCAUAUUAACACCAAAGAACGGUUCUGUUGAUGAAAUAAAUGCAUUGUUGAUUCAUAGGUUCCAAGGUGAAGUUCAUUGA